AUGGAUGAGGUGAAGUUAUGGGCUGGAGAGGCUGGCCAGGGACAGCAUCCAACCCUCAGGAAUGCCAAUAGGCGCGCCACCCGUUCUUCCCCAGCCCGAGCUGGAGGAAUCAGCACCUGCGGCGUCCACACGAAAUGCUGCAGGGAAGGCGAGGCUGGAGAGGUUGGGAACGCGGCGGUUCCGGGUAACCAAGAAAGCGACCGGCACGAGCCACGGUCUGUAACCAGCUGUGUUGUCUCCUCCUUGGUUUCCACUAGAAGGUCCUUUCCAGGAGAGGGGGCCAGGUCUCCUGGAGCUCCCCACGGCUGGACCGGCGCCAGACUCGCCAGACUCGCAGUGCAUCGGCGGGAGGACGAGGGGAGGCUGGUCAGGCUGGGAAGGCCGGAAGACCCGCGGAAGAGGAAGAGACUGACGCUCAGAGUGAGCGGAACUGGGCGCCGCACCUGCCCGGGCCAGGGGCCGCGUGGGGUGUCGGCAUUGACUGUGUCCGCCGUCCAGCAUAAAGGGGAGACUCGUCACAUUACACUGGACCUGCCGGUCCACCUUGAUGCCCCUCGGACCUCUGCCAGAACCCCCCGGCUUUGCCGAGGUCACGUCCUGUGUAAUUGUAUAAAAUAUCUGGACAGGGGCGUCUCCAUUUUGAAGCUCGGUUUCCUAACGAAUGAUCUCAAACCCCAGAAGCAGGCAUGGUUUUACAAGCAGCUGCUCAUAAAACCCAACAGGAUAACUGGCAUUCGGACCAUAAAACUUAAUAGGAACUUUAUGAAGACAUAAAAGUUAACUAACGCGUACCAGGUAUAUAGUUCGUUUGAUAGCAUCAAUUAAACAGUCGAUUAGAUGGUAAUCAAAAUUAGCACCGAAUUAAGAUUUUUUGGGUCUUCUUUUUCUCUAAAUCAUAUAAUGAUGCCUUCUUUCUUUGUCAUAAAAACCCCAUGCUUUCCCACAGAAACGGGACACUUUUCUGGUUACUCCAGAAUCUGUGCCCCCCAAAUUAUAACCCCGAGACCCCAAAUAAAUGCCUUUGCUCUGUUUUAGUUUAACUCCUUUUCUCAGUAGACAGCCCACAGACCAUCAGAGCCUCACCAAGUCCCACAGCCACCGGGACAGUGUGUGCUCAUGGAGUCCUCAGGCCCAGCUUUCUGCUGUCGCUCUAAUUUUUAAUUUGCU